GGCUGACUGAUAUUUGUGUUCAAAUCAACAACCGGGAACAAGGAGCUACUAUUUAAAUGAAUUUCUUAUCUAAAGUACAAUAAAUUGCAAUGAAACGCAAAAUGGAUUCCAAGUUGAGUCUAAUGGCAGCUUUUGAUGAAUUGAUGAGGAAUGCUAAGGUUUUAUCAGCAGGAAUAGAACCAGAAUUUAAAACAUUUGUGGAGAACCAGCAAUCAUGCAGAAGACAGUGGGCAACAUCAGAAGAGGAACUUCAGCAUCUGAGAGGGAAGAUGAUCUCCCUUGAAUCUGAGAACAAAACACUGGAUGCUAAACUUAAACAUGCAAGAAACUUGAUAGAAAAAGAAGAACAGAAAAGGUUGAAAGUUGAACAUGAUAAGGAGCAGCUGGAGCGACAGAUUGCUCUGAUCCGUGAAUUACUGAUGGACAGCAAGCACGGAAAUAAAUUAGACCAACAUGACAGGGAGAGACUGGCGUUCUUAAGCACAACAGCUCAACGAUCCACAUACGAAGACUCACCACCAAAAAGGUUAUCAAGGAUCAACGAGUCGAACCACUCUGUACUGUCGGAUGAGGACAUAGAUUACUGGGAUAAGACAGAAGAGGACCUCGAACCAGCGUGUGGCGGGCGUCGUAGACGUAGCAAGCGCAACAAGAGACCGUCAGCUCCGCCACAGGAAGACAUGAAUGUGACGCCGCCAAAGAGACACAAAACUAUAGAGGAGAAUGAAGUGGUGACAACAACAACAAUCACAGUAACGGCAGAUGGCCGGCCAAUCGAGGCAACAACAGAAGUAUCUGUACCAAGUGCUGGUCGUAAGCUUAACAAAAGUUUUAGCGAACCUGCAUUGGACAAACAUAUGAUGGAAAGUGAAACAGAAUCAGAUGCUGAUCCAUGGACGCCAAGAAAUAUGAACACAAACGCCAGCAAGAGCACCCUGAGAGGAACACCUACGACACCGAUGUUGAGGAAAGCACAUUCUGCUAGCAAAGGUUUGAACAGAAUUCACUUCUUUAUCUCGGAGACAGUGAUUAGACCGAGGACUUGUGUACCGUGUGGAAAGAGAAUUGGCUUUGGAAGAUUGGCUAUGAAAUGUAAAGAUUGCAGAUCAAUUUGUCACCCUGAUUGUAAAGAUAACCUGCCGUUGCCUUGCAUAUCAGCACCACCCACUCCAGGAACCGGUAAAGUACAAGGGGGGAUAUUGUCUGAUUAUUGCCGAGAUGAAUGCCCAAUGAUUCCAGGCAUAGUGAUUCAUUGUGUGAAUGAGAUAGAGGCUCGGGGACUUAAUGAAGUAGGAAUCUACAGGGUACCAGGAUCUGACAGACAAGUUAAGGAACUGAAAGAAAAGUUUUUCAAGGGCAAAGGCAUGCCAAACUUGUCAAAUAUUGAUGACAUUCAUGUAAUAUGCGGCUGUUUGAAGGACUUUCUUCGAGGCCUGAAGGAGCCAUUGGUAACAUUCAGAUUGUGGAGAGAUUUUGUCCAUGCAGCUGAAAAUCGGGACAAAGCAAUGGCAGAGUCAGACAUGUACCAGGCGCUGAGCGAGCUGCCACGAGCCAAUAGAGAUACAAUAGCCUUCCUUAUGCUUCAUUUACUCAGGGUGUCACAGACCACAGAAUGUAAGAUGCCGGCAAACAACUUGGCCCGUGUGUUUGGACCCACCCUCGUAGGCCACUCUUCCCCAGAACCCGAGCCCAUGCAGCUGAUAAACGAGACUAAAUACCAGGCCAUGGUAAUGGACCGUCUGUUUGAGAUACCUGAGGAUUACUGGAUCAACUUUAUCAGUGACGAGGCUGAAAACAUGUACCCAGAUGUGAACACCCCACAGACACCAGAGGUCACAAGAGGGUUGUUAGAGAGUAGAUUAGGACCAGUGCAUACACCUGGUUCUGGUUAUGAAAGGAGUCGAACAUGGGCGGCCAGGACACCAAGUCUGCAGGUGAAAGCAACAACAAAAAAUAACAAAGAGGAAAAACAUAAACUCAUGCCACCACUGAAAGAACUGAGACGUUCAAUGAGCGAAAGCUCUGUGUAAAGGUUUGGUGACAGAACUGGUAACAUUUCCAAGAAACCAAGUCAUUUCUUUAACUCGCCAACUGUGGACUGAUGGAUGAACACUUUGUGAUCAAUGUGAUUAAUUUCUGUAGACUUUAUAUAUUAAAUCAUGAUGGAAAAAAAGAAACUAUGAGAAACAAAAAAAAUUAUUUAAACACACUGUGACCUCUGACAUAACAUACAAAAUUGCUGAAUCACCAGGAGUAAGCAGUGAUUUCAUUGGUCACUUUAAUCUGGUACAAAUGAUUAUAUUGGUUGGUUAGUGGAAUUCAUACAAAUGAUUAUAUUGUUCACCUGGUAUCUUAUACAACUGUGGAAAUACUCAUUAAGUAAAAAGAAAAAGGUUCAGGAGUUAUCUUCAGUAAACACUAUACCCUUCUGUGUUUAUGUAAUAACUGUGUUUGCUGGUUUUGUAACUGCUGUAAAAAUAAUUUUGUAUAUUUUUUUAACAAUUUUAUUUAAAAAAAUAAAAAUAAAAAAAAGGAAAAUUAUAAUUUUGUUAAAGCAGCUCGCCUCCUAUAAUAUCAAUUUUUUUAUCAGUCACUUUAUUUUAAGGUAGACACUAAAGAAACAGGCAUACAUGCUGAGACAGCUGCUUUAAUGACCUGUAUAUAGGUUAAUGAUGUAAUAUUAUGAUUGGCAAAAUAUUUAACUUUUGUAACUUUUAUUUAAAGCAUAUCAGAUGUGUAUAUCCUUUUAAAGAACACACCAAAUUGGUUUCAGGCUGAAUGCACCAAUGAGCAUGGCAAAGAAAUUCAGAUUUUUAAAUUAGUUUUAUUAUUGAUUAAUUACUGGAAUGGAACUUCAAAUCAAUUUUAUGAGUUACAAGAACUUCUCUAUAGUCUGGUGCACAGUUUUAGGCAAAAGAUUUGCAGAAAGUUUUAAUGUACUUCAGGUAGUUAAUGUUAUAAGUAGAAUUAGCUAUAUUUUGUGAUGUACACAUUAAAUUAACAAUACUAGUAUUUUAUAUUUAAAGGUACUCCUCUGAGGUUAAUAAGCCUCUUACAUAAAAUUUGAAUUUCUUACAAAGAUCAACUAGAAAGUUAUGCUUAAAGAUAAUUAAUUAAGAAAUAUCUUUAAAUCUUAUUUUUUGUGCUAUUCUUUAGUCAGAUUUUUGGUCUUUUUUUUCACAAUUAGAAUAAUGUAAUGUGAAUAUAGAAGUUAACUCUAUUGUUUUAUAAAAAACACUAUGUUACAACUCAAGUCUUCAUCUUUCACAAUAGAAUAAUUAUUCUGGAAAAACUGAGUGAGCCAAUGAUCUGAAUUUUUGUAUACAAGUUAUUUGAUGAGACUUCCAAUGACAAAUGACUUUUAGACAUCAAAUGGAAAAUUUAUCUUGAAAAAUUAUUUCCAGUCCCUGCAUGUGAAAAAAACAAACUUAGUGGAGUUCCUUCUAAUUAAUUAAUUAAAAAGAAAAUGCAUUCUAAUUGAAUCCAUACAGCUUUAAUCGGUUUUGAUGAUUGCUAUAGACAGCACCAACAAUUAUUUGUCAAAGAGGUCUGUUGAGGAAAGACAGCCCUUGUUCAUCCUUACUAUCCAAGGAAGUGAAAACCAAUUUGUUGUAAUCUUUAUAUAUAUUUAUAAUUAUAUAAUGCAUAUUCAUUUUGCUUAAUGUAUGUGACAUAAUUUACCAUAAAGAAAACAAAAAGAAAACAUAACUUCUAUCUAAUCAUGGUAGUAAUUACAUAUGUGAUGCUAAAUAUUCAAAUUCAUUCAAUAAAAGAAAUAGAGAAAAAAAGAUAGGUCAUACAUGCAUAAAUGAGCAACGUAACGACAAAACCAAAAUAUUGGGUUUGCGACCAGCAUGGAUCCAGACCAGCCUGGGCAUCCACACAAUCUGAUCAUGAUCCAUGCUGUUUGCAAACCCAUUAUGUUUGUUUUGUCAUGACGCGGCUCAAAUGUUUUUUGUUAUUCUAGUCUAUUUUGUAUGUUGGUUGAUUGGUAAGUGUUUGUAACGAUUAUUUCCGUGUCGUCUUGCAAAUAAAUAAUAUGGAAUUGUGGUUAAAGUUUGCUCUUGGAAAAUUGUUUUUUUUAAAUAAUUUCAAGCUAGGAAUAAGUAACAGGUUUUUUUUUAUUCUUCUUAGCAAAUCAUGAUGUUCAUUGACUUCAAAUUUUGUACUAACAAUUCUGCACAGUUUAAGUUAAUUUUGGUAUUUUUUUUUUAUAUUUUUUUUGAAGAAUAAGAUAAUUCAUUUUGGUAAACAAAAAACCCCAAAGAAGAAGGAUUAUAAAUAAAAUGAUAAUAAUUAUAAGUUUCUCUUACAAUGUUCAGAAUUUAAUCAAGCAUAUGUAGAUUAUACAUGUAUUUCUUUCUGUUCUGACUAUGUAACGCACAACCAUGUGUUAUUUACAGAAAUUAGGAUUUUUUAUUAAAAACAAAAACAAAAAAACUUUUCUUUACAAAAGAUAAGUUGUAUGAAGAUUGGUCUUUUUGCAGGAUACUCAAGAUUGAAAAAAUGAAAUUGAUAAAGUUUUAACACAGAUAGGUUCUUUUUCUUGUUAAAAAAUUUACUUAACAGUUCAAUUUGUUAAUUAUUGAAGUAGGGAAGAUCUUUUAAAGUGACAUAAUGUGUUGAUAGAAUUUAUAACUGGAAAUUAUGAUAUUUUUUUUAAAUUUUUAAUGGUUUUAUGGUAUUAUUUUAUGAUACACUGAAAUAGUUACUUCCCCUGUUUUCACCUGUUUUAUUCUUACUUUCGUUCUUACUCUUUAUUGACAUAAUAAAAGAUAUUUUUACAUGA